GUUACUGUCAUGCUGCUUCUAAUAUAAUAGAGAAGCUAUUUAGAAACAAAAAAGUUCACGGGAGAAUUUUUAGUCCAUCCAUUUGUUUUAUGGCCACAUAAGGAGUUUUCUGAAAAAAGAAGCAUGUCAGGAAACUCUGAAUGCCCCUUUUUUCUCUGGGGACUUUUAGCCUUGUUGGGUUUGGCUCUGGUUAUAUCACUGAUCUUCAAUAUUUCCCACUAUGUUAAAAAGCAGCAACAAGACGAAAUGUACAGAUACUCUGAUGACUACAUUCCCAGGGUUGAUGAAUAUUAUAUUGAAGAAACUCCAAUUUAUGGUAACUUAGAUAAUAUAGUCCCAGAACCAAUGGAUGAAAAUUGUUAUGAACAAAUGAAAGCCCGACCAAAGAGGCCUGUAAAUGACAUGCAAGAAACCACCUCAGCUGAACAUGUACCUACUGAAACACAGAUGUGCUAUGCCUCACUUAACCACAGCUUCACAGGAAAGCACAGGAAGCAGAAUGCCCACUCGUCAGACAGAAAUAGACAUGAGCAAUUACCUGAAACAGAUGCCAGUGCUUCUAAGACUAAUUUGGUAGAGAGUUUCUCACCAGAAAGCCAGAGUAUAGAAGAAAAUAUUCAUGAUGAUCCCGUCAGACUAUUUGGAUUGAUUCGUGCUAAGAGAGAACCUGAAAAUGAACUGGACUAUAAUCUAAUUCAAAAAUAGUGGUCUUAUUGGAGAUUGUUGUUAAGAAAAUGAGCUCCUCAAAUGGCACAGCAGGGUGAUGACCUGAUUAUUUGUUGAUGGGAUGGUAGCUUGUCUCUUAUUCAGAGAUUACAUUUAUACAUACUAAAGGUAAUGCCAUCAAAAUUGGUGACAUGAAUUCACCUAAAAAUUACUAAGUAGUAAAUGUAAAAUCAAAUCCAGUUUGCAAAUCAAGUUGAUAACAAGCUCAAAACUUCACAAUACCUAAUAAAGAAAUAAACAAAAAAAUUUAAAUGCUUAUAUGUUUUGGAACUUGUUGAACAAAAAAUAAAAGACAAUGGUUUUAAAAUGAAGGAAUAAACAAACACCUUUCCUCUUCACACCAAUGUGAAAAACCCUAUAAUUAGAAGACAUUUCUGGUUGAAAGGUAUAGAGAAUAUUAAAAAAUAUUACUAAAGCAACUGCGAUAAUCUUAAGAGGCAGUUUUUCCAAGUGGAAAUAGCUUCAUUAGCUUAAAAAUUACUGUAAAAUUAAUGUGUGUUCCUUACAAUGAUAAAAAAAUAGAAAUUCUACCCAGAAUUAAUCAUGAUAAGUAGCCCUCUCUAUGCAUUCUUGUGCAUAUUUUAAGAAGUAUACCCAUGUACACAUAUCAGUUGUUUUUUUUCUCUUUUUUAAACAAAAAGGGUUAUUCUAUAUGUAUUAUUUAAAUUUUCUUCAUUAAUCAAUAUACUGUAGAUUUAGUUCCACUAUUAUAUUUAACUAUAUCAAAAUACAGUUAUAUUUUUGAGGUGAGGGGGAUUGAACCCAGGGCUUCAAGUAUGCAAUCAAGGGCUGUAUCAGUGGGCUACAUUCUCAACUCUGUAUCAUGAUUUUAAUUUCUAUAAUUGCAUCCUAUUGAUGACUAAACAGAAUUUAUUUAAAUAAUUUUGAGGGCUACUUAGAUUAUUUCCAACUUUUUUUUUUUGCUUUUACAGAUAAUAUAGUCAUGGAAUGCUUCCCUAUACAUAUCUGGGUACUUGUCUUAUUUCUUAUUUAGAUUAAAUGCCUAGAAAAGGAAUUACUAUAUUAAAAGAUACUCAUAUUGUAAGUCUCCAUAGGGUGGAUUUCUGAAAGAUCAGAAGUUGGGGAAAGAGAAACAGAAAUUAGAUUUUGAAAAAUGCUUCUAAGUUGUCCUGCAAAUCAAUAUUCCAAAAAACGCUUCUGUUUUCUUUCUGCAUUGAGAAAGGGGGCUUGACCAGAGCUUAUGAUAAAACAUCUUUAACUCAUCACAGUCUACAUUCAAAUGGUAUGUUACUUUGGUAUAAGAAC